UAAUUACAUUGUGUCUGAAACAAUUUUUUUUUCUAUCAACAUACGCUUGAUUUUAAAUAAACUAAUGUGUUUAAAAACUUAGCAAUAUUAGUUCCCUUUUUCGUUUUAAACUAGCAAAGGAAGGCCAUACUGUCCCAACAAAGCAGUUUUUGUGUCAAAAUUUCUGGAUCGAUUGCAGAUCUGUUACGGAAACAGGCCUAACGCCUCAGGUUUACGGCAACGUUGGCUCUAUCCUCAAUUUUUUUCGUUUAGUACCACGCGUAUUCUACAAUGACAACGAUCGAUUAUAGUCAACUGUGUAAAAUAUUAGAAUGUUUCUCAUCCCAGGAUAAUAAUCUUAGACAAAAUGCUGAAGCCGGCUUCAACACGUAUAAAGAAACACAUUUUGAAGAAUUGUUGAUUGGUCUUUUAAGAAUAAUGAAAGAACAUCAAGAUCCUGAAUUGCGAAAUCAAGCGAUCACGUCCAUACGUACUAUGUUUCGUAGUUACUUGACAGGAAAGUCUAGUACUGAAUGGGAUCGUUUAAGCCCCCAAACAAAAAUCAUGUUACGAUCUUAUCUUUUGCAAAUUUUCGAAAAUGAUUCUGAUUCUAGAGUAAAAAAUUCGGUAUGCGUGACUAUUUCGGUUUUUGGUGGACGGUUAGCCUCAACUGGAGAUUGGCCUGAGUUGAAUCCUAAACUCAUUUCGAUGAUAGAAAGUGAUAACGUUGAUGCUCAGGAACGCGCUUUAAAAGUUCUAGCCGAGUUGGUUCCUUAUGUAUCAACAGUUAUUCAAAAGAAUAUAACUGGACUGCACCGAAUAAUAUCCGUGUGUGCAAAGUCACCAAGCUUUUCUGUACGCUAUCAAGCGCUAUGUUUUGUGUCAGCGGUUGUUCUGAGUGAACCGAAAAAAAUUUGGAAAAGAUUUCAAGAUUCAAUUCCCGAUUUUUUGAAAGGCUUAUCUCUUUCUGAAAAUGUAUCAAUGGAUUAUCCAGAAGAUUAUUUGUCUGCUUUUGUUGUUAUUGCUGAUGUAGAUGCCAGCUUUUUUAAGCCAUAUAUGUCAAACAUGCUUGAUGUUUUGACAGCUCAUGCCAGCUCAAACGAUGAAGAACUUAAACAAAUGAUUGUAGAAGUUCUUUUAUCGAUAGCUGAAAAUAAACCAUUAAUGUGUCUAAAAAUUCCUAAUUUCGUAAUGAAGGUAGUUAGCAUGUUGAUGGAAUUAAUGCUAACUGUUGAGAAUGAUAUUAACUGGAUUGUUGGUGACGAUAACGAAUCGUCUAUUGAGGAAACACGUAAUUACGAUGUAGGAGAGUCAGGUUUAGAUCGUUUGACCGCCGCUCUUGGGGGAGAAAAUGUUAUGAAUGUUAUUUUUCAUUUUGUGUCUAUUUACUUACGCAAGGAAGAAUGGCACUAUAAAUUAGUAGCUAUUAUGGCCAUUUCUCAAACAGCAGAAUAUUUGCCUGAGGAUGAGUUGGAUAAUCAUUUAAAGGAAAUUACUCAAAUGUUAUUAACACAAUUGAAGCAUAGCCAUCAUUACGUUCGUUUCGCAGCAUGCCAAGCUAUUGGUCAAAUAGCUACAGAUCAUCAACCUCAUUUUCAAAAUACUUAUGCUGCAGAAGUUCUACCAGCUCUUAUUGCCACUGUUGAUGAUCAAUCAUUAAAAGUUCAAUCCCACGCUAUUUCAGCUUUGAUUAAUUUUAAUGAAGAAGUCAAUAAAUCAGAUUUAUUACCGUAUGCCGAUGCUCUUAUGCAAAUGUUAUUUGAAAGAAUUGCGCCUGAUAAAAAUUUAAAAUUACGUGAACAAAGUCUUACUUGUCUUGCCGUGGUGGCUGGAGUAUUAGAGAAAAAUUUUCUCAAGUAUUAUAAUAUUGUGAUGCCUGCUACAAAAGAAAUUUUAUUAACGGCAACAAAAGAAGAAGAGUAUGGUCUGCGUGGAAGAGCGGUUGAAUGUGCCAGUAUUAUCGGUUUUUCUGUCGGGAGAGAAGCUUUUGAAAUGGACGGUCAUGCUGUGGUCAAAUGUCUUCUUGAAAUGAGUGCUCAAGGUGUUGAUGCUGAUGAGGUUGUAGAUGAGUAUAUGAGUGAUGCGUUCCGUCGUAUUUGUCGUACAAUGAAAGAAAGUUUUGUUCCAUAUGUUCAACAUUUGAUGCCAAAGCUUCUGAAAUCAUUAAUGGUAACAUUGAAUUCCACUCAUGAAAUGAACGAAGAAAAUGAUGAUAUGACACUUGCAAGUAUUGCUAAAGGAGAUUGCUCUGGUUUGAAAACGAGUGCUAUUCAGGACAUGAUUCAUUCACUAGAUCUUUUGUUCACGUUAUUUGAAGUUUUAUCCAGUCAUAUGAAAGACUAUGUACUCCAAGUAGCACAAACGCUUUUACCUUUAUUAAAAAUGCGUUUAAAUGAAACUGUGAAACGUCCUCUGUUUGAUUGUAUCGCUGAACUACUGAAAGUAUCAAAAGCAUUAGAGUUGGAUUCCAACGUUUUAAGGUCUUGGGUAACAGAAAUUGUUGAACAAGUUUUUAAUAAUUUAAGGUCGAAUGAACAAACCAUCAUUAAUGAACCAAAUCUAGAUUUACUUGUUACCGAAGCAAGUGGAUUAGCUACAUGCUUGUGCAAUGCAGGAGGGAAUGUAUUAACAGAUAACCAAGUUACGUUAGUUUCAAAUCAAACUUUUAUGCUUAUGAAGGAGUCGAAUCAACGUCGAGCACAGAUUGCAAUACAGAAACAGGAUCCAGAUUACGAUGAAGAAGAUCUCAUUCGUUUAGAAGAGGAUGAGUGUUAUGAACAAAACUUCAGAUCCACAUUAUUAGAAAUCAUUGCUGCACUUAUGAAGACUACUCCACAACAGUUCAUGCAAUAUUGUGCUGCACUUUGCCAGGAGUUCAUAACGACAUUUAUUCAUCAAAAUUGUAGUAAAGACGAUCGUGCGUUAGCGUUAUAUGUUUGUGACGAUGUUCUAGAACAUCUAAAAGAUAAUGGAGCUGCCUUAUGGCCAUGUUUCGCUGAACGCUUAAUAGAGAUGGUAUUAGAUAAAGAGCCUGGUGUUCGUCAAGCUGCAGCCUACGGUAUCAUUCAGGCAGCUCACUGUACCCAGUUUCCUGUUGAGUUAAUCCAGCGCGCGGCUUCUAAUUUAGUUGUCGUUUUGAACGAACCUGUUUCAAAUAAAGGAUUACAUGCAUCUUCCCGUGAUAACGUAGUUGCAGCUAUCGGAGCUUUAGUUUUAUAUCACGGGAUUAAUUUGGGUCCAAAAGCUGAGGAGUAUUUAGGGUAUUGGAUAAAUAAUCUUCCAUUAAAAGUUGAUGAAGAAGAAGGAAGACGUACUCAUAAAGAGUGCGUUGAUUUAAUGUUGAAAGGGAAUCCACAAAUUCUAGGCCCAAAUAAUGCAAACGUACCGAAACUCGUGGCGUUUUGUGCGUCAAUCUAUAGAACGGAAUUUUCAACAGCUGAAAUAGAUAAAUCAAUUAGAACGUUUGUUGAAAAUAUUGGUUUUGAUGUUGUAAGACAACUAGGAGCUGUAUUUUCAAAAAAACUACAACAAGGCUUAGAUAGAAUACAUAGCGACUUUCUUUUGGAAAAAAAUAACAUGCUUUAAGACUAACACGACAACGUUUUAAAAAUUUUAUUAGUGU